AUGGAGAGACUGAACCGUUCUCAUGCUGGGACCUACUACUGUCCUGUCGCUGCAUGUGGACACAUUGUGUUUGGAGACGGGACCAAGCUGGAGUUUAACGGUUGGAUCUCUGUCUCACGUUGUGAAUUUCAUGUUAUGGAGGUCCAGACCGGUGAAGAGGUCACGCUGCUGUGUACCAACUACACCAGUUCCCCCUCUCACAUAUCAUGGUUCAGAUUGGAGAACGGAUCCAACACCAGUCUCAUCUCCUCCAUGCUCUCCCAUGACACAGUUGCAUUGUACUUCGAUGGGUUUGAAAGAGAAAAGUUCAACAUGACGUCCAACGUCAGUAACGUCUUUCUCCAAAUCAAACAAGUGGAUUUAUCUGACUCUGGACUCUAUAUAUGUGGCUAUAAGGUCGGCACCAACAGAAAAUUCCCAGCAGUUUAUAGUGCAACGUAUUUAAAGGUUAAAGAAAGGUCUGAUGAUCAAGCAAAUCUGACCAUCGAGAUCCUCAUGGGCGGACUGAUUAUCAUCCUCAUUAUAAUCAUCAUCGCUCUGGUUCUUAAAAUCUGGAAACUUCUUACAGACUUUGUGAUGGUGAUAGCAUUUGUCUGCAACAUAGUUUUUGGAGACGGGACCAAGCUGGAGUUUGAUGAUGAGGUGGACUGGCUGGUGGUUUUCUUGAGUGUGACUUCAGCAUUCCCCACCCUGCUGAGUGUUCUACUGGCUUUCUCAUUAUGCAUGAUGAGGGUUACAGGUAAAUGCUACUAUCUGUUAGGUCAGGGAGACCCCGAUCGGAGAGACGGCCCCUCAACGUGGGCAGCCGAGCGGGCCCGACGUCGCGACUCUCAGGGUCAGGGAGACCCCGAACGACAAGAGACGGGCCCUACGUAA